UGCGCUGGUUAAGAUGGCUGCCAAAAGUUUUGCUUCCCGCCUCAGAGGCUCUGGAUGCUUUUUGAGUGUCUUCGUGGCGGGAGGUGUGGUGGGCGCCGCGGGAGGCGGGUUCACGGCCAUGCAGUUGUUCCGGAGUCAGGGCGCUGAGGCAGCGCUGGCAGCGAGGGAGCCCGACGGUUCUGCAGAAAAGGCUCUCUUGGAACAAUAUGGAGUCCCUUUAACUGGAACAGAGACUAGGCAUUACACUAAUCAUGCCUUGUCUUAUGAUCAGUCAAAGCGGGUGCCUAGAUGGGUUCUUGAACAUAUAUCCAAAAGCAAGAUAAUGGGUGAUGCUGACAGAAAACAUUGUAAAUUCAAGCCCGAUCCUAACAUUCCUCCAACCUUCAGUGCUUUCAACGAGGACUAUGUUGGGAGUGGGUGGUCACGAGGACACAUGGCUCCAGCAGGAAAUAACAAAUUUUCAUCUAAAGCCAUGGCUGAAACCUUUUACCUUUCUAAUAUUGUGCCUCAGAAUUUUGAUAAUAAUGCUGGAUAUUGGAACAGAAUGGAAAUGUACUGUCGAGAACUGACAGAGAGGUUUGAAGAUGUUUGGAUAGUAUCUGGACCGUUGACCUUACCUCAGACUGGAAGUGAUGGAAAGAAAACAGUUAGUUACCAGGUGAUUGGUGAGGACAAUGUGGCUGUUCCCUCGCACCUUUAUAAGGUGAUCCUGGCUCGCAGAAGCCCAAUGUCUACUGAACCGCUGGCACUAGGGGCCUUCGUGGUUCCCAAUGAAGCCAUUAGCUUCCAACCCCAGUUAAGUGAAUUCCAAGUGAGCCUUCAGGACCUGGAGAAGUUAUCAGGACUGGUGUUUUUCCCUCGUUUGGAUAGAACUAGUGGUAUCAGGAAUAUCUGUUCUGUGGACACCUGUAAGCUCCUGGAUUUCCAGGAGUUCACUCUGUACCUGAGCACAAGAAAGGUUGAGGGAGCCCGAUCAGUCUUCAGGCUGGAAAAGGUCAUGGAAAAUUUGAAGAAUGCAGGAAUUGAACCAGAUGAUUACUUCAUGAACUGCUAUAAGAAGAAACUAGAAGAACUCAAAGCUAAGGAGCAGUCAGGAAUCCUGGAGGGAAAACAAUCUUAGUCUUUUUCUCCGAAGAUGUGUCCUCUUCAUUGAGCUCAUGUGUUUUAGUGGCUUUGCUUUACAGAAAUGAUGAAAUCCUAAACUUCAGACUAAAUUUCUCCCCAAAAGAUGAAAGAUCUAAAAAAUUCUGUCAGUUUUUUAUUUGACACGGGAACUAAUUAUUAAGGAAACUAUAAGACCUACAGAUUGGAUGCUGAUCUUGUGUCGGGUUCACAGAAGACUCUGACCACAGGACAACGCUGUUUUUGUCUCUCUUUGGAUGUUCACACGUGAAGGCAUUUUGUUUUCGUGCCGCUGAAUCAUGCAUUAUAUUUGAUGUAUCUCCUCAGCUUUCUUGGAGCCCAGUGUUAUAUGUUUUCUUUCUCUAGGAACCGAGUUGGUCUUGGAGGUGGCUUUUAGAUAUCCUCUGUGUGCUGUCCUGUCCACAUGUAUUACUGUGUUACGUAUUCAUUUAUUGCUCCUCUGACAUACCUGCUGGUCCUCCAUUUCUGCCCUAUAGACGCCCUCAGUGACAUUAUCUGCUCACCUAGUGUGUUCUGUAUAUUAAGCUCAGUGCUUUACAUGGAUUAUCUUACAGCAACUCUCUGAGGUAAAUACCACUGUCCUCAUUUUACACGUGAGGAAAUUAAGCUUAAAUAUCUUGUCCAAGGUUCACCUUUCCAAAGAAGUAACCCACAGAGGUAGGCAUGUGGGGCCGAGAAGAAGGAGCAUGACAUAGACUGAAGUAAUCCAGACACAGAGCUUUUGACUUAGAAAUGUAUACACAUGGGUUUGGUGAUUCUGGGCCCACUUGCUAAGAGGGGUUUGGUUUCUUGUCUGCCAUUGAGCCAAAAGGUCUUGAAUGUUCUCUGACUUGAACACUCCAUAGCUCUUUGGGAAGAAACAAUUACAGGUGUUUGAAGAUUAGAGGGCAUUGUUUUGUGGGGUUUACCAGAGCCCCUACUUGCCUCCAGGGAUGCAGUUCUUUUAGUGACCGGAUGGUGCCCAAUUGCUAAGUUCUUUGCUUUCCAGGUGAGCAGUUUGUUCCAAAGAUUAUGGGGCCUAAGAAGGGCCUGUGUCCACAGAUUUACCAGCUCAUGGUUUGCUUCCCUCGGGCCCGCUUGCCCACUUGGGUAGCACCGGGAAGGUGGUGCUUUAGGCCAAAGACUCAAAGACAAUUCUGAUUAUCUCUAAGGGAAACUGGCUGUUUUUCUGAGUUAGAUCUCUAGAUUUGGGUUUACAUGGAAUCCUUUCAAGGGCUACCAUAAGUAUGGACAGCGAAAUACCUUAAAAUAGGGCCCAGGAGCUUGUCUAAAUGUAUCCUAGCUCUGCCCUCUUUCUAAGUGGUGUUACCAGAACAGUUUUUGUGGUGUUUUGUGUGUUUGUCUCUAACAGAAAUACCAAGGUUUUAAGAUAAAUGUAAGUUGAUAAUGA